AUGUCCGUCGCGUCCAGCGCCAGGCGGUUCCCCACAGAACUCCUGGAUGCCAUACGCACGCAUGACCGAGCAAGCUUGUCCCCGCCCGAACCCCCAUCGCGGCCCACGAUCGACGAGCAGAGCGAGCGGUACGACGCGUGUCGCGCGCUCCAGGCGGCGGGGGUACGCUGUACCCUGUGGUUCGAGGACGCAGACCGGUACCACGGCGUCCCGACCGUCCUGUUCGACAUCUACAUCCUCGUCGACGACAUGGACGCGGCCGAGCGCGUUCUCACCCAGGUUGGCUGGCAGCCCACGACGAUAAACCAGGGGAAGGUGGGCAGCGCCGUCUUGUCAUCACCUGUUGUUCGACUCGUCCCGCCUGGCGUGGACCCUAUUCCGCCGCCCAAACCUCCUCCGCUUGAGGGCAAUGGAUCCGUGUUCUAUAGGCUGCCGACGACGGUCGCGCUCCUGCCUGCCCAUGUGUGGAGCUACGACCUCACAACCCACCCACCCGACUCGCUGUUUCCCCGGCUCCCUGCGCUGCUUGAUGCCAUGAUCGACACGACAUUGACCGACAGCGACGAGAUGGGACACGAGCGCUGGGCGAUCGGCAUACACAUAGCGUACCUCUAUCACUACGUUCGCGAGAUCCGAGACCCCGCGUUCGUCCAGUCGCUGCGGUUCGACAACCGCCAGUUCCACAACGACAUUUGCGCGGGCAUGAUGGUUGGAACUGUUCCAGUCGCUGCGCAUGGGCGCCGUGUACGCGAGGAGAUACGGCGCGGGGAGAGGCAGAUGAUAGAGCAGUGCUCGGACUGGGAAGACCCGCGGCUGUUCUUUCUCAUUGUCCACAAUCGUACUAGCUUGAGCAAUGCAGACGGAUAG